UGAGUCUGGCAGCAUCGCCUCCUUUUUGCCCCCCCGCCUCCCUGCUGACUCUUUGCAAUUGUGCCAGGAUGGACCCCGUCCUUUGGGACCAGCCGGGAAAGGCCUGGACCAGAGCCCUGCUGAAGGGCCUGCUGGCCUUGGGGCUUGUGUUUGUGGGGAAUGUUGCAUUGGCCAUCUCCCAGGAAAUGGUGCAGACCUCCAACAGCCUGGAGGAAGGGUCAGAUGUCACUGCGUACUGGUGGGGGGAGUGGACCAAGUGGACGGCCUGUACCAGGACCUGUGGUGGAGGAGUCAAGUCCCAAGAGAGACACUGUCUCAGGCAGAGAAGGAAGUCCACCAUGGGCCUGGGCAAUAAGACCUGCACUGGGACAUCCAAGAGACACCAGCUCUGCAAGGUGCAAGAGUGUCCCUCCAACAGCCGCAGCUUUCGAGAGGAGCAGUGUUCGUCCUUUAACUCCCAUGUGUAUAAUGGAAGGACUUAUCAAUGGAAACCUUUAUACCCCGAUGACUAUGUCCAUAUUUCUAGCAAACCCUGUGACCUGCACUGUACGACUGUGGAUGGACAGAGGCAGCUCAUGGUUCAGGCCCGGGAUGGAACGUCGUGCAAAUUCGUCGAUUUCCGAGGUGUUUGCGUGUCUGGAAAAUGUGAGCCAAUUGGUUGUGAUGGGAUCCUGUUCUCCACCCACACCCUGGAUAAGUGUGGGGUUUGCCAGGGCGAUGGCAGUAGCUGCACCCAUGUGACCGGGAAUUAUAGGAGAGGCAGCGCUCACCACCCUGGCUACUCUCUGGUAACACACAUACCAGCAGGAGCAAGAGAUAUACAGAUCGUUGAGCGGAAGAAAUCUGCAGAUGUCCUGGCUCUUGCAGAUGAAGCCGGUUACUACUAUUUCAAUGGGAAUUACAAAGUGGACAGCCCAAAGAACUUCAACAUUGCUGGCACAGUCUUCAAGUACCGGAGACCUACGGAUGUAUACGAGACUGGCAUUGAAUACAUUGUUGCUCAAGGACCAACAAAUCAGGGUCUCAAUGUAAUGGUUUGGAACCAAAAUGGAAAGAAUCCAUCGAUUACCUUUGAAUACACGAUCUUGAGGAAGCCUCAUUCCCCAAAUAUCCAGCCGAUAUACUACACCUUCUCUGAAUCCUCCUCGGAGAGUGAGGAAAGCCGAGAGUUUGGCAGCGAAGGGCCGGUGGGCUUCCUUCAGCACAAUGGCAGCUACUAUGAAAAAGUCUCCAAGGGCAGGCUGGUCCUGGAGAACCAGGUGUUUGGAGGGCUGGAUGCCUCCGAAGACCCCACCUUGAGCAAGGGGCAGGAGACCAAUGAGGUGUACGAGAGAUCCAGGGCCGGGGACUGUGAGCCACUACGGAGGGGCAAGCCUUUUAGAGACCCCAAUGUGACCAGGUCAUCUUACCCGGGGGACAAGGAUGACCAAGAUUCCGACAGCCAGCCUGCUUCACGGGAAUUCCUUUCGGAGAAUGCCAUCACUGACAAACUGCUGGGCCAGAGCUCAGACUCGAAAGAGCCGGAGUUGAACCUGACGGUGAACAGCAUCUUCGCCCCGGGAGCCCCAAGGAGCCCCGCCAUACCUGCCACCGACAGCCUCUACGUCGACUACGAGGAGGGUGAUGCAGCUGGGGGCUUUGCCCUCAACGGCACCUACUGGGAGCUGACCGGCGACCGAGUCGGCAACGCUUCGGCCGAGACCUCAGUGUCCCCCAAUGUGAGCGUGGCCCUACCUAGCCCACCAGGGAACCGAACACACAAAGCAAGAACCAGAACCAAGCCCAGGAAGCAAGGUUUGAGUCCCGCAGACAUGUACAGAUGGAAACUUUCAUCCCAUGAGCCGUGCAGCUCCACUUGCACCACAGGAGUCAUGUCCACCUACGCCAUGUGUGUUCGUUAUGAUGGGAUUGAAGUAGACGACACUUACUGCGAUGCUCUGACCCGGCCUGAGCCGGUCCAUGAAUUCUGUGCCGGGAGAGAAUGCCAACCAAGGUGGGAGACCAGCAGCUGGAGCGAGUGCUCCCGCACAUGUGGAGAGGGCUACCAGUUCCGCAUCGUCCGUUGCUGGAAGAUGAUCUCACCCGGCUUUGACAGCUCUGUGUACAGUGACCUGUGUGAGUCGGCGGAGAUCACCCGGCCAGAUGAGCGCAAGACCUGCAAGAACCCAGCCUGCGGACCUCAGUGGGAGAUGUCCGAGUGGUCAGAGUGCCCUGCCAGGUGCGGGGAACAGAGUGUUGUGAGCCGGGACAUCCGCUGCUCGGAGGAUGAGAAGCUAUGCGAUGCCAACACCAGGCCCUUGGCAGAGAAGAAUUGCACGGGACCUCCCUGUGACCGGCAGUGGACAGUCUCCGACUGGGGUCCGUGCAGUGGAAGCUGUGGACAGGGACGGAUGAUUCGACACGUGUACUGCAAGACCAGCGACGGGCGUGUGGUGCCCGAGGCCCAGUGUAGCCUGGAGGCCAAGCCCCUGGCCAUCCACCCCUGCGGCGACAAGAAUUGCCCCGCACACUGGCUGGCUCAAGAUUGGGAACGGUGCAACACCACCUGUGGCCGGGGGGUGAAGAAGAGGAUCGUGCUCUGCCUGGAGCUUAUCAAUGGAAAACUGAAAACCCGGAGCCCCCCAGACUGUGACCUGGCCAAGAAGCCCAGUGAGGAGAGUACCUGUUUUGAGAGGCCUUGCUUCAAGUGGUACACAACCCCCUGGUCAGAGUGUACCAAGACCUGUGGGGCUGGCGUGAGGAUGCGCGACGUGAAGUGCUAUCAGGGGAUGGACCUAGUUCGGGGCUGUGACCCGCUGGUGAAGCCUGUCGGAAAGCAGACCUGUGACCUUCUGCCCUGCCCCACCGAGCCUCCAGAUGACAGCUGCCAGGACCAGCCAGGGACCAACUGCGCUCUGGCCAUCAAAGUGAAUCUCUGCAGCCACUGGUAUUACAGCAAGGCAUGUUGCAGAUCCUGCCGGCCGACCCAUUCCUAGUCCUGCCGAGGAAUCGGCCCCACGACCUCAGAGACUGAUGGGCCUAGGGAGGGUAGGCCAAAAAAAAUUAAGUGGGGUGGCGGGGAGCCUGGGGGAUGCUGGGCUCCAAUGGUCAGUGUCUGGCUCUGGCCAAGACUCAGGCCAGCUCUUUCCAACUCUGCUUUAACUUAACCCCUUCCUCCUGUCGAAGCACACCCCAGCUGCGGAUAGCCUCCCAUUUACCCUAUGCUUGAGAGGAAGGUGAUUUUUUUUUUUUUCCUCCUCACCACAAAAUCACUCUUUCAAUUUCCCCUCACUCACCCAGGUGGAGAGACUCAGCUCCCUCACUGGGUUUCCAUUCUGUCGCCUGGAAGGCAGAAGCAGAGCUCUGUCACUCGUGCAGAUCAGUAGCACUUGGAGGCAGAUGGCUGUACAUAGGAUCUUGUAUAUUUGAUUCAUUUGCAUCCUAAAUCUCCCCUUGGACUAAAGGGCUCUGUGUCCCACCGUCCUCUCUGUAAGUUCUUGCUUGGGUGUCGGGAGCGGGGAGGAAGCUUUCUCUCGGAGGCCUCUCUGAAGAAGUGGAGGAGGCCCUCGUUGAUAGCCGAACUUACCCUGCAAAAUGUAGUCUGGGUUCCAAAUGUCUCCUGGAGCUGAGGGGUGGUGGAAAUGUAGGGGAGGAGAUGAAGAAAUUCCACUGGAGUCCUUUGUCACAUGAAGGUGUAUACUAUUUUUAUCUUAUAACCAAACUCCAGUUUCAUAGUCCUUAUAAGAGAUCAUAAUGCUGACAUAAUGUAUAUAAUAAUGAAACAUAACUGCACUUUAUAUCACAAAAAGAUGUGCUCUUUUUUAAUAUAUUUGUUUACAAACCGGGAAUUUUAUCCAUAUAAUCAUGAAUCAGUACUCGUCUGUAUAUUUUAAUAAAAUGGUCAUAUUUAUGGUG